AUGGCAUCAAUAACCUCACCUAUAUACAUAUUAGAAGUUUCUUCAACUCAUCUUCAAGAACACCUUCAUACUCGAAAUUGUAUGCUUUUUGCUGUUGGAAAAUUCAUCUUCUUUUGUGCUGAUACCAAAGUUACUUCUUACAUUCAGGAGCUAGAGAAGACUUCGGAUUAUAUGAUCGCAGUAGUAGGGUUUCCAGCUCUACUUCAAUUUGUGAUAAUGUUGUCGCUCCCUGAUUCACCUAUUUGGCUAUAUAAAAGAAACCGGAAAGAGGCCGCAAUUAAAGAAGCUUUGAGGAAAAUUUACAGUUCUGAUGAAGUUGUUGAGAAAGAGCUUGGUGCAUUAAGUAUGUCAAUUAAGAAUGAAACAGAUUGUCAAGAUGAAAAAGACUCUUCUGUUAGGAGUAUCUUGCUUAGGAUAAGGACAACAUGGGCUAAUCCUUUAGAACGCACAAAGAUUGUUGUUAGCAUUGGUGUGCAAGUCGCGGAACAGUUAAUGAGUGAAAACAUGAUAAUGUAUGUUCUUCCCUGUAUCAUGAGGAUGGGUGGCAUCUUUGUCUUCCUUACUUUACUAUAA